AUGGUAUGGUACACCCUAGGCAUCUGGGAUCUGGUUGAUAAAUAUUUCAAAGACAGUGUCAAGCAACGGAUCAGAAAAGAAUUCCAGGAACGGUCAAAACGGAACAAAACAAAGCAAAACACAACAAGCACGAUUGAAGCCGCCCACCGGCAAGUGAAGCAAACACCAAACAGGCAAUACAGAGACACCUUCAAGAGAGACGCGAUGCUGUCACAUGAUCGAGGAUCGAGGCUUGAAAAAAGAACGCUACCUGCAACCAUUGAAGCAACAGAAUCUCCGACUAUUCCCCCCAAUUUGAUAACAUCGCAUCUACUCCACUCCGGUGACUCCCGCUGGGCGUUUUUCUCAAGGUCGUCUCUCCCCACGGAAGAGAUCUUCAGAUGCUACCAUUGCUACCAUGUAGAGCUCACAGCAAUUAGAAUUGAGGAGUUUAUAAAGGUAAGUGAAGAAAACACCUUCAGUCAGUCUCUGUGCGACAGUGACAUUAUCAAUGAAGCUAUGGCGGGAAUCAAACAGAUACACGUGUAUUUCGUCAUAAUCCUCCUGACUGAAAUUCUGCAUGAGGCCACAUCCGAAACGGAGUCAACAACCAAGAAAGAAACAGAAGAAUCCCUAGACGAAGCUGAAUCUAACGGAAAAUUAGAAAUAAUCAAACGUAUAAAGAAAAUCAACGAAGACGGAUCUUACACCAUAGGCUAUGAAGCUGAUGACGGUUCAUUCAAGAUAGAGAGCCGAGACGUCUUAGGUCACAUUAAAGGAACAUACGGUUUCGUAGAUGACGAAGGACAAAUCAAAAGAGUAUCUUACAGUACAACCAAUGCCAGCGAAAUUAUAACUAAACCAGAACUCUCCACAGUAGUCCAAAGAAUACCAACCAAAAAGCCGACAGCCAGCUAUAUAUUUACCUCCACUCAGUCCACACCAACAACAACCUCCAACAGUGUCAUACAGAGUAUAGCAAAGCGAAGAACAACUACUAGUACUAGCUCCACUAGCUCUACAACUGAUAAACCGAACUACCAGAACAUUGUGAAUGUUUCGAGAGUCACCCAGCCCAACUCAGUGGUUUACUCUUCUGCAGCACCAAGAGUACUUCUUCAAGGCAGAUCAUCACUACCUACCAUACCAGCAACACUCAAAGCAGAAGCUCAACAAGUUGUAUCUAUUAGACCAAGCGAGGAGCCAUUCUACAGAAGGCUCGCUAACUUAGAAGAUGACAAACCAGCGAGUGAAGAACCUAGAGGGAAUCUAUUGAGAAGGCAGCUGCCCCAGCAACAAGGCAAUCCUGAGUAUAAUGUUCGUGAACACAUAUUCAGCCUCCAACAGUCAGUAGGCCACGAUGCCACAGAUGUCUACAGUAGCUCAAUGACUACUGGUACCCCUAGACCCUUGUUCACUACCACUAACAGGCCUUUACCAAUCCAUUUAUCAACCACGUCAGUCCCUACAACCGUUCAACGGCCUUCAUCACCUUACCCUGUUAAUUACCACAACAAUUAUCUACGAGAAGAGCAGACCCAAGCGCAAUACAACCAGCCAUCUACAACAUCUCAACCAGAGCCCAUCCAUGCAUCCCCCACAACAGUACCUGUCGCUCAAAUACCUCCAAACAGAGCUGAGCACCAAGAACCAUUGGUAGCGGUCAGGCAGCCCAAUCAGCGAACAGUGCUGGUACCCCUGAGUCACUUACAGGGUAGGAUAAUACCUUAUGAGCAUCUGAACGACCCGAGAGGGUACCAGUACGUUCCUGAGGACACAAAGCAAAUGGUGGUCGAGAUAGAGCAGCAACAAGCUAUAGUUAGAAAACUACCACAGCAUCCACUGAGACCUAUGCCAGUACAGGUCGAUGAGCACGGGUACAUACGAGAAUUGCCCAGGCAAGUGCCUACCCCUUACCCGGUACCAGUGCCUGCUAGUCCAGUGCAUAGAUACCUGGACAGUGACAUAGACAACGAUAUCGAGAAUAUUCAACCACCUGUGAGUACCAAAGACUUCCAGAAGCUGCUGCACAUGCUGAUUCAGAGGCAAGGCAGAUUAGAGAAGAUAAGUGCGCUGACCAGGCAAGCCGAGGUCUUCAUGCAGCCCAGACCAGUGUACCAGCAAGAGCCUUACUUCGUGCAGAAAGUAAGGCCAGAUCCUCCGCACCAAAGGCAGAACUACGUGGAGGUAGAGCAGCAGCAUCUGGUGCCGUUGAGGAGUCAUCCUCAGCAACAGUUGUACGAGGAGCAGUACGACCCACAGUCUUACAGACCGAAUAGACGAGUUGCCAGGUUGUUACCUUCGAGGGCUCUAGAGGUGCAAGAGGAGUAUCUGCCUUCCGAUGUCAGGGAGAUGUUGUUGCUGAGGAUGUUGCAAUUGGCAAUCAACCCGGCGAUGCCAGUGGCUGAGGAUGAUAUUGAGGUGGUGACUAGAGGUCCUACUGUGAAGAGGACUCCUGUGAGGAAUGUUGAGAUUUUGGGCGAGGAAAGGUCGAAUGGGGAUGCUGAUGGGUCUGGGAGGACGAAAAGGUUUGAGCAGUCUCAGGAUAGCUACUAUUUCAAUGAUAUAUCUGAGUGAUUUUGUUGUUGUUAUAUAUUUGAAUCUUUAAUAUCAUUCGUACAAAAAUGUUAAUCAAUCAUUUUAUAAUUUAUUUCAUCUAGACAUUACUACUGAUUACCAAGCUUCAGUGAAUUUGUUGAUUUUUUUGACAUCAUCUCAUAGAUUUCUGUAAAUAUAUAUAUAUUUAUUUCGAACAUAUUUUUCCAUAAAACUGUAAUUCUUCAUAAAAAGGUGAUAAAAGCGGAUAGGCAUAGGAUUGUUAUAAGCAUCAGUAUUAUUACUGUAGGGCUGUAGGGCUGUAGGCCUUCAAAAUUUCAAAAAAAAAAUACGGAUUAAGAUAUUUGCAUGUGACAUACUGUAUGUACUCAAAGCUAUCUGAAAAUGUAAAUGAAGUUACAUAAACUAUUACCAAAGAUGUGGAUUUUACUCAUGAGAUCUUGUGAAUUCUUUUUACUUAUUACAAAUAUAAGAAUAGAACUGAAAUAGUGUCCGAUAUUUCAUUUCAUAAUGCCUAUUAUACUAUACUCUGC